AGUAACAUUAAAGUCAGUGUGAAAUUAGUCACCGAUUCGUAUACGUCGGAAGUCAAGGCCUUUUUUUUAUAAUUGUUUAUAAAGUGAAGAAGAUAAUAAAUGAAAAUGCAUCCUUGAGAUGCAGCGAAAGUUACGUUUAGCCAGCUUCCAUUAUGGUGUUGGAAGGAACAAACCUGUUAAAGGUGUUCUCCUACAAAUGCCUCACGGAGAAACGACGCCAUCCUUUUCGGAACAUAAUAAACACAGUUUUCCCGAUUGUCGUUGUGGCGAUUUUUGUGUUUACUCGAACUGGAUUUAAGCAAGGUGGAUUCAACUAUGUAAACAUUGUGAAUAAACAGCCCUCGACAGCAGAACUUACGGAGGAUGAUGUUGUCGCUUUCUAUCCAACGGGAUUAUUCAGCAAGCUGCUGUUUGCACCAAGCAAUGAUUUCACCGAAGAGUUGAUCGAGCACACGCGAAUGAAACUGUUUGUCACUCAUGAUCGGGUUGAAAGUUUUACCACGACCACCGAGCUGGAACAUGCCCUCCUCGUGACGUCGGAUUUUUUCGCGAUCGUCUUCGACUCCAACUCGUCGGCCAACACCCGGCUGAGCUACACGAUCCGCACCAAGAACAACAACUUUCGCACGGGUGAGGUGUACUCGCGGAAUCUGUUUACGAGCUACCUGAAAGAUCGAAACGAGUACUUUGAGAGUGGAUUUUUGGCGCUGCAGUACGCGAUCGAGCGAUCGUUUUUGGAGCUUCGUACGGGCCUGGCGGACCAGGUGCUGCCCGAGUAUGAGUUCAAGCACGUGCCGCUGGGCGGCGCCCGGCCCCAGGAGGCGUCCCAGAUCUAUGCGGUGUGCAUUGUGGUGGCGAUAUUUGUUGCUGUGGCAUGUACAUACUUACUGCUGGUACCGCUGGUGGAGGAGAAAGCAUCCGGCAUGAAGGAAUAUCUGAAGAUCGCGACCCCGUACAGCUACUGGAACGAGGUUGCCGUAUUUGGAAUCAAUUUGCUUCACCUUGGCUUGAUAUCCAUGGCGUGUGUGGUCAUUUCGUGUGUGGCCUCCGUUUGGGAGCUGACGGCAGCGCAGAUGGUUAGCGCGAGCUUGCUCUUCCUGCUGUUCAUAACGUGUAUGAUCGCGUACACUUUUUUCAUCAGCGCCCUGCUGGAAUCGGUGACGAUCGCAACGAUUGUGGCACCAAUCUGUUACUUUGCGCCGCUGAUUUUGGUGAUCGUACAGGUGCGCUUUGAAGCACUGCUGUCCAUAUUUCCGCUGGCUGGGUUUAGCGUGGGUAUUGCGAUUUUGGACAACUUUCAAAACUCUUGGCACAGCUUUAGGGCGGCUCACGCGUUCCUCACCGGGUACCCCGGGAAUGAACGGAUUAAUUUGUUUGGAGUGCUGACCCUACAGCUGUUUGGGACGCUUUUGUGGAGUUUAUUGUGGUUCUACAUUUCGAACGUUUGGCCCGGUCGUUACGGGACGCCCAAGGGAUAUCUGUUCCUGUUCAACAGCGAUUACUACCAGAAAGGAAAGAACAAGAUCAACUCUCGAUUGGACAACUCGAGCCUGACGGAAGACGACGCUGACGGCGCCCACAAGGGCGUGAUGGAGGAAGGAGAUCAUUUGGACAAAGUAGUCAAGAUUAGCAAUCUGAACAAGAUUUACAAGACUUCGUAUGGCACGCGGACGGCCGUGAAGAACUUAUCGCUGAAGAUUUACAAAAACCGCAUAACGGCCCUGCUGGGACACAACGGCGCUGGCAAAACGACCACGAUGAACAUCAUCACCGGUAUGACGCCACGCACCUCGGGCCGGAUCGAAAUCGACGGCGAUGACAACGCGAGCAACUACCGUCAGCAGAUUGGCUUCUGUCCGCAGCACAACGUUGCGCUCGGGUACAUGAACUGCCGCGAGCACCUGGUCUUCUUCGGGGCGCUCCGCGGGAUGAGUAUGGCCGAUGCGGAACGCAAAGCGGACGAGAUUCUGGAGCGCGUAAAUUUGUCGGAUAAAAGCGAAGAAGUGUUGUCGAAUUUGUCCGGCGGAAUGAAGCGAAGGUUGUGUUUGGCAAACGCGAUCAUUGGACGAACCAAGCUGUUGAUACUUGACGAACCGACGUCCGGGUUGGACCCGGAAUCGCGUCGGGACAUUUGGGAUGUACUGUUGAAAUUGAAAAAAGAUCACACCAUACUGAUCACCACGCACUUUAUGGAGGAAGCGGACGUCCUUGGGGAUUGGAUCGCCAUCAUGGAAAACGGAGAACUGAUCGCGUUCGGAACAUCGAUCUUCUUGAAGCACCACUACGGCAAAGGCUACACGCUGAAGCUGCUCAAGCGUAACGACUUCAAACGGAGCCAGGUGAUGGCCACGAUCGAAGAACACGUUGGCAGGGUGGUCGAAAGACCCGCCGUUGAGUCGCUUUUCGCUGUGACGCUGCCGUACAGCUACAUCGACGCGUACGCCGCCCUUCUGAAGGAACUGGAAGACAACCGGGACGAGCUGGGAAUCGACUCGAUCAGCAUCACCAACGCCACGCUGGAGGAAGUUUUUCUCAACUCGUCCUCGCACAACAAAGCCCUGGAGGUGGAAGCCAGCAUCGACGUCCCGGAUGCACCCAUCACGUCGCGGUCGGCCAGUGUCGUGCGCGAGCCCACCAGCCCACAAAAGUACGAAAGAAUCACUCUGCCGUCGACGCUCCAGAUGCGCGCGAUCGCGUACAAAAAGCUCCUGCACAUCCGGCGGAACCUGCACAUGUACGGCGUCAUGUCCGCGCUGCCCGUUGCGGUGACGAUUCUGUGCUUUCUGUUCAGCGGUGGGUACUACCGCACCGAGUACGAUUCGAUCGCGCUGCACCACGGCUCGAUCAAGCGGCCGUUUGCGGUGAUCGUGGUGAACGGUAACGAUCGGCCGGUCGACCUGAAGAACGGGUCGUUCUUCCGUGGGUUGGAGCUGAUCGUGACGGAGGACGCGGACGUGGAUGGUUUUCUGAUGGCGGAAGCCGCGAAAGAUCGCACUCGAUACCACGAUCAGCUGGUGGCGGCGAUCGAGUUUAACGUUAGUGAGCACAAGUUGAAGGUUUUGCACAAUAACAACUUGCUGCACAGCUCGGGGAUAGCGAUCAAUCUGGCCAGCAAUCUGCUGCUGCAUUACUACGGUUAUCCGGAGGCGGAUGUGACGGCGAAGAAUAGCCCGUCGAACCGCCGGCUACAGGUGGACUCGUUUGCGCCUUAUUUGUUCACCGAAGCAAUUUCUCUGUGCUUUAUGUUGUACAUCCUGCAGUACCUGCAGCUUCCGUAUCUGGAAGCGUCGACGGGUUUCAAGCAGCUGCACAACGUAAACCGGUACCUGUACUGGGGCACCACGCUGGCGUUUGACUUUGCCCUCCACGUGAUCAUCUGCCUGCUAGUGUUUGUUUUUGCGCUAAACAUGGAUCGCGAGAGCGUCUUCAGCCGGUACGAGCACGGUCAGAUUGUAGGGAUUCUGAUUCUGUACGGAUUGGUCGCCCUGCUGGUGAUCUACAUCGUAAGCCAGUGCGUCGACAAGAUGGACACGGCGGUGACCUGCAUGAGUUACCUCAUGCUGAUCGGAGUCUGCGGCGUGUUUCUUCUGUCGGACGGGGCCGAUAAGAUCCGUGAAAAUGACGGCCUGAUACUGCUGUUGCAUCCGAUCCCGGAGUUUGCGCUCAAGCAUUCGCUGCGGGUCGUGUACGAGAAUCAGAAGGUGAGCAAGAUUCAAGCGCUGGUACGGCAGAAUACCUUCGGUGGAAAUCCGACCUGGGACGGCAUUCAACCGCUCAGUUUGACGUAUCUCUACGUGGUGGUACCGAUCAUGGUGAUCAUUUUUGCACUGCUGUUGAACGAAUUCAUCGAGAACAUCUACCGGAGGGAGGCGCUGGUCACCAGAAAGGUGAGAAUGUCUGCUACCUUAAAAGUUAUUCUCAGUUGCGGGGCCAAAAGAAGGAAACGAAGGGCUAUUGAUCAGCCGGACUCGAACUACGAACUACGGCACGAAGUUGACGACGAUGUGGACGCGGAGAACAAGAUGGUCGAUCAGUUGAUUACCAACGAACAGCCGCCAUUCUCGCCGCACACGAUUGCGGUGCACAACUUGAAGAAGCGCUACCUGGAUCUACCGGCCGUCCGCGGAAUCAGCUUCGCCGUCAAACGUGGCGAGUGUUUCGGACUGCUCGGGAUGAACGGAGCUGGCAAAACGAGCACGUUCCAGAUGAUCACCCAGAACCUGCCGAUCACCGAUGGAACCAUCUAUCUGAACGAACAGAACGUGCGAUCGUCCCACAGCAAAGACUACCGGGCCCAGUACGGCUACUGUCCGCAGGGCGACUCCCUCCUAGACUUUAUGACUCCGUACGAGCUGGUCAAGUACACCGCACUCAUGAAGGACAUCAAAACACCGGACAAUUUCAUCAGCAUGUGGCUCACCGAUCUGGAUAUCCUGUCGUUCGCCCACAGCCGCACCAACGAGUGCUCCGGCGGAACAAAGCGCAAGGUCAACACCGUCCUUGCGAUGCUCGGCAAUCCGUCGAUUGUGUUCCUGGACGAGCCCACGACCGGAGUCGACCCCAAGUCACGCCACUACGUGUGGAGUCGCAUCAAGGCACUGCAGAGGCACGAUCAAACGAUCAUUCUGACCUCGCACAGCAUGGACGAGUGCGAAGAGCUGUGCAACCGGCUGUCGAUCAUGGUCGACGGGCAGCUGCGUUGCAUCGGCUUCAUCCAGCGAUUGAAGGAAAAGUACGGCAAAGGGUUCAACCUGCUGUUGAAGCUCAACGGUAACGAUCCGGCAGCGACUUGCGCGUUAAUUCAAACCAUCCAAGCCCAAUUCCACCCCUGCGAGCUCAAGGAAGAACACGACGGCAUCCUAAAAUUCCUCGUACGUGAACCGAUCCUGCUGUCCGAGCUGUUUUCUGGGAUCACCGCCAUCAAGCAUGACCAUGCCAGCCUCGUGCAAAGCUUCUCGAUUAACGAAACCUCUUUGGAGGAUAUUUUUCUCAACUUUAGACCGCCCACGGGCGAGUCACGCGCCUGCCAGUUGGUGGAUGUGGUUUGAUUUUUUUUUUCCUUCACAGCCUAAAAUAAUUUUUGUAUGUGUAAUAUCACAAAGUAAACGCCAUAUAGGUACGUCA